GACACUCGGUUCCUGUGGUUCUGCAAAGUACUUUUCAUGCUCAAGCUUGUGAAGAGUUAUUUAAACACCUGUGUAUUAGUGGAACCCCAAAGAUACGAUUGCAUACUGGCCUUCUGCUUGUUCAGCUCUGUGGAGGAGAAAGGUGGUGGGGUCAGUUUCUCUCAAACGUACUGCAGGAAUUAUACAAUUCAGAACAACUUCUCAUUUUCCCACAGGACAGGGUCUUCAUGUUGCUUUCUUGCAUUGGCCAAAGAUCGCUUAGCAACAGUGGUGUUUUAGAAAGUUUACUUAAUCUCCUGGAUAACCUGCUGUCACCACUGCAACCUCAUUUACCUGUGCACAGAAGAACUGAAGGUGUUUUAGACAUUCCCAUGAUAAGUUGGGUUGUGAUGCUGGUGUCCAGACUACUGGAUUAUGUAGCUACUGUUGAAGAUGAAGCAGCCACGGCCAAGAAACCUCUGAAUGGAAAAGAGAGAGAACGAUUUUUGACAGGAAACCAGUGGAGUUUUAUAAACAAUAGCCUUCACACUCAGAGUCUGAGCAGAUCUACUAAAGGCAACAGUAGCCUAGAUAGACUGUAUUCCCGAAAGAUCAGAAAACAGCUUGUGCAUCAUAAACAGGUGACUUCCAGCACGCAACUUAACUUAUUAAAAGCAAAACAGAAGGCUUUGGUGGAACAGAUGGAAAAAGAGAAAAUACAAAGCAACAAAGGAUCAUCAUACAAACUUUUAGUAGAACAGGCAAAACUAAAGCAGGCUACUUCAAAGCACUUCAAGGACUUAAUACGCUUGCGUAGAACUGCAGAAUGGCCUCGUUCUUCUUUAGAUACAGAAGUAUCAACAACAAAGGAGACUCCAGAAAUUGAACCACUUCCGUUUACACUGGCCCAUGAGCGCUGUAUUUCUGUAGUGCAAAAGCUGGCGCUCUUUCUCUUGUCCAUGGACUUUACUUGUCAUGCAGACUUACUUCUUUUUGUUUGUAAGGUUCUUGCUAGAAUUGCAAAUGCUACAAGACCAACAAUUCAUUUAUGUGAGAUUGUAAAUGAGACUCAGUUGGAACGAUUAUUGCUGCUUCUUGUUGGAACUGACUUUAACAGAGGAGACAUCUCUUGGGGAGGAGCAUGGGCUCAGUAUUCUCUGACUUGUAUGCUACAGGAUAUUCUAGCAGGAGAGUUGUUGGCACCUAUAGCAGCUGAAGCUAUGGAAGAAAGUGCUUUGGGAGAAGAUGCUGGUGCUUCAGCUGGGGAUUCUGAUGACUCUCUCCAGCAGUCCACAGUUCAGUUAGUGGAGACAAUAGAUGAACCUUUGACACAUGACAUCACAGGUGCUCCACCACUGUCAUCUUUGGAAAAAGAUAAGGACAUUGAUCUUGAAUUACUACAAGACCUGAUGGAAGUCGAUAUUGAUCCUUUGGAUAUUGAUUUGGAAAAAGAUCCCCUUGCAGCCAAGGUCUUCAAGCCUAUAAGCAGCACCUGGUACGAUUACUGGGGUGCCGAAUAUGGCACUUACAAUUAUAAUCCUUACAUUGGAGGUGUUGGAAUUCCAGUUGCAAAACCACCAGUAACUACAGAGAAAAAUGGAUCGCAAACUGUCAGCAUAUCAGUCUCCCAAGCUUUAGAUGCGCGUCUAGAAGUUGGACUUGAACAGCAGGCUGAGCUGAUGCUGAAAAUGAUGUCCACACUGGAGGCUGAUUCCAUUCUACAAGCAUUAACAAAUACAUCUCCUACAUUAACUCAAUCUCCUAGUGGAACAGAUGACUCAUUGCUGAGAGGAUUACAUGCUGCUAACCAAAAUGCCCAGUUGAUUGUGCAAUUGUCAUCUAUACCUAUGCUGAGUGCAUGCUUCAACAAACUCUUUUCCAUGCUACAAGUCCACCAUGUUCAGCUUGAAUCCCUAUUACAAUUAUGGCUCACAUUAAGCCUGAAUUCCAGCUCCUCUGGAAGUAAAGAUAAUGGCGCUGAUAUUUUCCUUUAUAAUGCUAACCGAAUACCUGUCGUUUCCCUGAACCAAGCUUCAGUAACUAGCUUCCUGUCAGUUCUGGCAUGGUAUCCUAAUACCUUACUCCGGACGUGGUGCCUUGUGCUUCACAGCCUAACACUCAUGACAAAUAUGCAGCUUAAUGCUGGUCCAAGCAGUGCCAUUGGAGCUCAGGAAAGUACUGCCCAAUUGUUGGUGUCAGAUUCAAACCUCAUUCAUGUGUUGGUGAAAUUUCUUUCUGGCACUAAUCCUCAUGGAACAAAUCAACACAGUCCACAGGUGGGACCAACAGCAACACAAGCUAUGCAAGAAUUUCUUACUCGGUUACAAGUGCACCUUUCUUCAACUUGUCCUCAUAUGUUCAGUGAAUUUUUAUUGAAAUUAAUACAUAUACUUUCAACAGAAAGGGGUGCUUUCCAGACAGGCCAGGGACCAUUGGACGCACAAGUGAAACUCUUGGAAUUUACCCUGGAACAGAAUUUUGAAGUUGUAUCAGUUAGCACUAUUUCUGCAGUAAUUGAGUCCAUAACCUUUCUUGUGCAUCAUUACAUUACAUGUUCAGACAAAGUAAUGUCUCGCAGCGGCUCAGACAGCUCUGUGGGUGCUCGAGCGUGUUUUGGAGGGCUUUUUGCCAAUAUUAUCCGUCCAGGUGAUGCCAAAGCAGUUUGUGGAGAAAUGACAAGGGAUCAACUUAUGUUUGAUUUAUUAAAGCUGAUAAACAUUUUAGUUCAACUGCCGCUCUCCAGUAACCGAGAAUACAGUGCCCGUGUUCCAGUAGCAAGCAGUACUACAGACAGUGUGUCUGAUGAAGAAAAGGUUUCAGGAGGCAAAGAUGGCAAUGGAAGCAACCCUAAUACUCAAGGAUCAACUGCAUAUGUGGCAGACUUGGUGUUAGCCAACCAACAAAUUAUGAGCCAGAUUUUGUCUGCACUUGGCCAGUGUAACAGCAGUGCUAUGGCAAUGAUUAUUGGUGCGAGUGGCUUACAUCUCACUAAACAUGAAAACUUUCAUGGUGGCUUAGAUGCAAUAUCGGUCGGAGAUGGGUUGUUCACUAUCCUGACAACACUUAGCAAAAAAGCAACAACAGUUCAAGUGAUGCUUCAGCCAAUUCUUACCUACAUGGCCUGUGGGUACAUGGGAAGACAGGGCUCUCUUGCCACUUGUCAGUUAUCUGAGCCACUGCUCUGGUUCAUUUUACGAGUGUUGGAUACAAGUGAGGCACUGAAGGCUUUCCACGAUAUGGGUGGUGUUCAGCUUAUCUGUAACAACAUGGUAACAAGCACAAGAGCUAUUGUUAACACAGCAAGAAGCAUGGUUUCGACUAUUAUGAAAUUUCUUGAUUCUGGUCCCACAAAAGCAACAGAUAGCAGUUUGAAAGCUAGAGUUCUAGCUUCGGAGCCUGAUAAUGCAGAAGGAAUUCACAAUUUUGCACCUUUGGGUUCAAUCACCUCAAGCAGUCCCACUGCCCAGCCUGCUGAAGUGCUGUUGCAGGCUACUCCUCCCCACCGACGGGCUCGGUCUGCAGCAUGGUCAUACAUAUUUUUACCUGAGGAGGCUUGGUGUGACCUCACAAUUCACCUUCCUGCAGCUGUGCUACUCAAGGAGAUCCACAUCCAGCCUCACCUGGCCUCUCUGGCAACUUGCCCGUCAUCAGUGUCUGUUGAAAUAAGCGCAGAUGGUGUCAAUAUGUUACCUUUGUCAACUCCUGUUAUCACAAGCGGACUCACCUAUAUAAAGAUCCAGCUGGUAAAAGCUGAAGUUGCCUCAGCUGUCUGCCUUCGUCUCCAUCGUCCUCGGGAUGCCAGUACCCUGGGGCUCUCUCAGAUCAAACUGUUGGGCCUCACAGCCUUCGGAAACACCUCCUCUGCAACCGUCAAUAAUCCCUUCCUUCCCUCUGAGGAUCAGGUCUCUAAAACAAGUAUUGGAUGGUUAAGAUUAUUACACCACUGCCUCACUCACAUAAGUGAUUUGGAAGGAAUGAUGGCUAGUGCUGCAGCACCCACAGCUAAUCUGUUGCAGACAUGUGCUGCUUUACUAAUGUCACCUUACUGUGGUAUGCAUUCUCCAAAUAUUGAGGCUGUACUUGUAAAAAUUGGGCUUCAGUCCACCAGAAUUGGCCUAAAAUUGAUUGAUAUUCUUCUAAGAAACUGCUCAGCAUCAGGGAGCGAUCCUGCAGACAUUCUUUAUCAGCUUGGAACGACUCAAGACCCUGGAACAAAAGAUAGAAUUCAAGCAUUGCUGAAAUGGGUCAGUGACUCUGCAAGAGUUGCAGCUAUGAAAAAAGGUGGCCGGGUCAGCUACAUUUGUCCAAAUAGCUCAACAAGAGAGUAUGGUCUUUUGAUGCCAUCCCCUUCCCACUUGCAUUGCGUGGCAGCAAUUUUGUGGCACAGUUACGAAUUGCUUGUUGAAUAUGAUUUACCAGCAUUGCUCGACAGAGAGCUUUUUGAGUCACUGUUUAACUGGUCCAUGUCUCUUCCCUGCAACAUGGUUUUGAAGAAAGCUGUUGACAGUUUGCUUUGCUCAAUGUGCCACAUCCACCCAAAUUAUUUUUCCUUGCUGAUGGGAUGGAUGGGUAUCACUCCUCCUCCAAUGCAGUGUCAACACAGACUGUCUAUGACUGAUGACAGCAAAAAGCAGGACCUUAGUUCGUCUUUAACAGAUGACUCUAAAAAUGCACAAGCCCCUCUUGCACUAACAGAAUCUCACCUGGCUACUCUUGCUGCCUCAUCUCAGUCUCCUGAAGCUAUCAAGCAGUUAUUGGACUCAGGUUUGCCUUCACUGCUCGUAAGAAGUCUUGCUAGUUUUUGUUUUAACCAUACUUCUAGCUCUGACUGCACUGCACAAUCAAUGGAUGUCACCCAGGACAGGCUCAGGAGACAUCAUGUUCCACAGCACUUUAAUAAAAUGCCUAUCACGGCAGACCUGGUUGCUCCUGUUCUCAGGUUUUUGACAGAAGUUGGCAACAGCCAUAUGAUGAAGGAUUGGUUGGGUGGCUCUGAAGUCAAUCCACUGUGGACAGCACUUUUAUUUCUGUUGUGCCAUUCUGGUGCUACCUCUGGAGGACACAAUAUGACGGCGCAGCAGACCAGUGCAAGAUCUAGCUUGCUUUCUUCGACUGUAACAACAGGAUUGACCACUCAGCAGAGGACAGCAAUUGAAAAUGCAACAGUUGCUUUCUUCUUACAGUGCAUCUCUUGCCAUCCAAAUAACCAGAGACUUAUGGCACAGGUUCUCUGUGAAUUGUUUCAGUCCUCUCCUCAGCGUGGGAACCUCCCAACCUCUGGAAAUAUUUCAGGAUUUAUUAGAAGGCUUUUUUUGCAGCUGAUGCUGGAGGAUGAGAAAGUGACUUUGUUUCUUCAGUCCCCUUGUCCACUGUACAAAGGUAGAAUUAAUGCUACUAGUCAUGUAAUUCAACAUCCAAUGUAUGGAGCUGGACACAAAUUUCGUACCCUUCACUUGCCUGUCUCAACAACUCUGGCAGAGGUUCUUGAUCGUGUGUCAGAUACACCCAGUAUUACAGCUAAGCUAAUUAAUGAACAGAAGGAAGAUAAAGAAAAAAAGAACUAUGAAGAGAAAGAAAAAGUUAAAGCAGAAAAUGGAUUUCAGGACAAUUACAGUGUUGUUGUUGCUUCUGGUUUGAAAUCUCAGUCAAAAAGAGCUGUUUCAUCCACCCCUCCACGUCCACCAUCAAGGCGAGGAAGAGUGAUGGCAGAUAAAGUAGGUGCGUCUUCCUCAGGAGGAGAAUCUUCCAGCAAGACCAUUAGUGUUCCAGUCUUUAAUCUUUACCAUAAACUUCUACCAGGUCAACCAUUACCAGCUGAAAUGACACUUGCCCAGCUUCUGACUCUGCUGUAUGACCGUAAACUCCCUCAAGGAUAUCGAUCGAUAGAUUUGACAGUUAAACUUGGUUCCAAAGUCAUCUCAGAUCCAAGCUUAUCAAAAACAGACUCAUUUAAACGUCUUCACACAGAAAAAGAGCAUGCAGAUUUACUGGGACCUUGCCCUGAAGAUGAAGCCAUCAGUCCUGGGGAUGAGUGUAUGGAUGCAGUUCUAGAUGAAUCGCUUCUUGAAACCUGUCCCAUUCAGUCUCCACUGCAAGUGUUUGCAGGCAUGGGUGGAUUGGCUCUUAUUGCAGAGAGACUUCCUAUGCUUUAUCCUGACGUAAUUCAACAAGUGAGCACUCCAGUGGUUACAUCGGCCACGCAGGAAAAGCAGAAGGACAGUGAUCAGUUUGAAUGGGUUACCAUUGAACAGUCGGGGGAAUUGGUGUAUGAAGCACCGGAAACAAUUGCUGCAGAGCCCCCACCAAUCAAGUCAACAGUUCAGACUAUGUCUCCCAUACCUGCACAUUCUUUGGCUGCCUUUGGUUUAUUUCUUCGUCUCCCGGGCUAUGCUGAGGUGCUGCUAAAAGAACGGAAACAUGCUCAGUGUCUGUUGAGAUUGGUGUUGGGAGUUACAGAUGAUGGUGAAGGAAGUCAUAUCCUGCAGUCUCCUUCAGCAAAUGUGCUUCCAACUCUACCCUUCCAUGUGUUGCGCAGUUUGUUCAGCACUACACCGUUGACUACUGAUGAUGGAGUAUUGCUUAGGCGGAUGGCACUGGAGAUUGGGGCUAUACACCUCAUCCUUGCUUGUCUGUCUGCUCUAAGCCACCAUGCACCAAGGGUGCCCAACUCUAGUCCCAACCAGGCAGAGCCACAGGUGUCAAGUACACACAAUAGUGCAUCAACAGAAGAACAGCAGUUGUACUGGGCUAAGGGUACAGGCUUUGGAACAGGCUCCACAGCUUCAGGAUGGGAUGUUGAACAGGCUUUGACUAAGCAAAGGCUAGAAGAAGAGCAUGUGACCUGCCUUCUACAGGUUCUUGCCAGUUACAUAAAUCCUGCAGGAAGUGCAUCAAAUGAAGAGACCCAAACUAGCCAUGAGGGGAGAGCACAAAACAGCAGCGCUCUUCCAUCCGUUCUCCUAGAGCUACUCAGUCAAUCUUGCCUCAUCCCAGCAAUGUCAUCAUACCUCCGCAACGAUUCGGUUUUGGAUAUGGCCCGACACGUUCCCCUCUACCGAGCUCUGCUAGAAUUACUCCGGGCUAUUGCAUCCUGCACAUCAAUGGUACCAUUACUUCUUCCUCUGUCAGGAGAAAGUAGUGAAGAGGAGGAAGAACAGUGUGAGUCACAAGCUUCUGUUGGGACUUUGUUGGCUAAAAUGAAGACCUGUGUAGAUACCUAUACCAACCGACUGAGGUCUAAAAAAGACAAAGCUAAAGCAGGAGUAAAACCAGAUACUUCUGAUCAAGAACCAGAGGGAUUGACCCUUUUGGUACCAGACAUCCAAAAGACUGCGGAGAUAGUUUAUGCUGCUACCACCAGUUUGCGCCAAGCAAACCAAGAAAAGAAGAUGGCUGAAUACUCCAAAAAGGCUGCUGUGAAGCCCAAGCCUUUGUCUGUUUUACGGUCUCUUGAAGAAAAGUAUGUGGCUGUCAUGAAAAAACUCCAGUUUGAUACAUUUGAAAUGGUUUCUGAAGAUGAUGACGGAAAAUUGGUUUUUAAAGUCAAUUACCACUACAUGUCUCAGGUAAAAAAUGCAAGUGAUGCCAACAGUGCUGCCAGAGCCCGACGUCUUGCUCAAGAAGCUGUGACUCUUUCAACCUCACUGCCUCUCUCAUCCUCAUCCAGCGUUUUUGUACGUUGUGAUGAGGAGCGGCUUGACAUAAUGAAGGUUCUCAUUACUGGUCCUGCAGACACCCCUUACGCAAAUGGUUGCUUUGAAUUUGAUGUGUAUUUCCCACAAGACUAUCCUAAUUCCCCCCCACUUGUGAAUCUGGAAACAACUGGAGGCCACAGCGUGAGAUUUAAUCCAAACCUCUACAAUGAUGGCAAGGUGUGUUUAAGCAUACUGAACACGUGGCAUGGGAGGCCAGAAGAGAAAUGGAAUCCCCAAACGUCAAGUUUUUUGCAGGUGUUAGUGUCUGUCCAAUCCCUAAUACUGGUAGCAGAACCAUAUUUUAAUGAACCAGGUUAUGAACGAUCAAGAGGUACUCCAAGUGGUACCCAGAGCUCCAGAGAAUAUGAUGGAAAUAUACGACAGGCAACAGUCAAGUGGGCAAUGCUGGAACAAAUGAGAAAUCCAUCACCAUGUUUUAAGGAGGUCAUCCACAAACACUUUUACUUGAAAAGAGUGGAGAUCAUGGCUCAGUGUGAGGAGUGGAUAGCAGACAUACAGCAGUACAGCAGUGACAAACGGGUAGGCAGGACUAUGUCCCACCAUGCAGCAGCUCUAAAGCGUCAUACAGCUCAGUUGCGGGAAGAACUUCUAAAACUUCCCUGUCCUGAAGGAUUGGAUCCAGACACUGACGACUCCACAGAAAAAUGCAGUGCCACAACAAGCUCAGAAGAGACCAUGUUGCACGAACAGGUUAAACCCAGCAGCAGUAAAGAUGUCCCCAGUGAUUUCAAGUUAUGAGUCGCAUUGACAUGGACUUUGUAGACACAACGGCUUUGAAGCACAAGCCAAAUAUGUCAAUAUUUGUAUGUAAGAAGUUAAUUAUGUAAUAGGUAAUGAAAUUGAAACUAUACUAUGCCCUUAAGGAUAUACAGUUUAAUUAAAAAUGAUCUUUUAUUUACCUGUACAAGAGUGUAAACUUUUUUGUGCUUUUAUUUUUCAAUUGUGAGAACCACUGAUUGGUAUGUUUAAAAAGUUAUGUAUACAAAAAAUGGAUAAAUCACUGAUAUAUAAGGGAAACUACCUUAGGAAAGAAUGUUUACUGAAUGUUUAUUAUUUUUUUUUACUUGUAGAGUGAGGGCGGUUGUAACAAAGAAUAUAUAUUGGUCAUUCUUACAGCUACUAUUUAAAGUCAGAAAAUUUUCACUGAAUUUGAUAGAUUUUACGUUUGGCCAUAUAUUCAUGCUCAUAUUUGAUUCUAAAGAAAACCUCCUGUAUACUUCAAUAAACGUUAAAUGGACAUGAUCCCUCUUUUAUGAUUUACUGGUACAUUUUUUAAAUAAACUGCCAUAAAAUACAUUCUAGCUGAAGACUUGCACUUGUAUGACUGAAUUCAUUACAGUCAACAUACUUAAUUUUAUGCGUACUAAAUCUAAAAUGCAGAUGAAAUAAAUGCAUAUGGUUUUACCUCAUGCCAAAAUUUGGACUUCUGAAUUCAUCUUUUUGUUGGCUAUUUUAUGCAAACUAACAGUAUUCUAAAUUUCUUAAGGGCUAUUCUGGAACAAAGUCUUUACUGUAUUGAAAUGUCUGACUUUUACAUAAUCAACUGUACUCUUAAUUGCUGACAGGGGCUAGCGACAUACCACGCAGGACUCUGAUGUUCUGUAGUUCCUACUGUAUAGAUUAUUUCCGGUUUUAUACUUGCAGCCACAGAUCCCUAACUAAAAAGGGUAACAGAUUUGCUUGACUUAAUAAUCAAGUCUCGCUUUUAACAUAACGUGCAUUGCUAUCACUGUUCUUAAUUUUUGAGUAGUCCUUGAAGGACUAAAAAAUUAGUACUGGUGUUACCUCAGACUAAUGAUCUGUUGUAUGAUAAAUACUACAAAUCAGGCAAAACCGAAGGGUUUUUGUUUUCUAUUUGUUCUUUGUUUAUAAGUAUCACGCUGGAAUUUUUUCACUUUUUGUUUUACAAUGUAUUAUUUCUAAUCAUUAAAAAUGGCACCAACUGAGGUUGUGUUCUUA